AUGGCGGACGCUCUAUCCAUCGAACAGAAUAACAAAAUUCGAGUGGCUCUUGGCCUCAAGCCUCUCCCCGUGCCCGGCGCCGGGCCCGAAUUCAGAGAAGACGACAGUGACUCCGGCGAGGAGGGAGAAGAAGCAGCGAGCACCCUCGAGUCGCGACAGGCGCAAAGCUACGAAAACUGGCAGAAGAUUCAAGAUGCCACCGAAUCGAAACGAAAGCGAGACGAAAAGAACGCUGCCAUCAAGCGGGCGCGCGAUAUCGCCCAACGGAAUCUGCAGCUUCAAGGCGCCACCCUAGGCGAAGCGGAUGGCGAUGAACUCGAUACAAAAUCCUGGCUCUCACAAAACAAGAAGCGCUCGAAGAAGAUUGAGCAGGCGCGCGCCCGCCAGCUAGCUGAGGAACUCGAGGAACGAGAGCGCGCCGCAGCCAUCGAAUACACCGCCGCCGAUCUGGCUGGUAUUAAAGUCGGACACUCCGCGGCUGAUUUCGAUGACGCUGAAGACCAAAUUUUGACACUGAAGGAUGCCGCGGUGGACGAUGAGGAGGAGGGCGAUGAGCUCGAAAAUAUCGAACUGGCCGAGAAGGAAAGAACUCAAGAGAAGCUGGAGCUCAAGAAAAAGAAGCCGGUCUACGAUCCUACGGCGGAGCACGAGGGUAUUCUUUCUCAAUACGACGAGGAAAUUGACGGCAAAAAGCGAAAGAGAUUUACACUUGACGCUCAAGGUUCGACCGAAGAGCGUGAGGCCAAACGACAAGAAAUCUCCAAUCAGUUGAAGAAGAACAUCAUUAGUCUCGACCUUGAACCGGAGGUCCCGUCUUCCGAUUACAUGGAUAUCAGCGAAAUCAAAAUUAAGAAACCCAAGAAGAAGAAGGCGAAGGCUACAAGACAAAGGACUCUGAUAGACGCCGAUGACUUUGCUCCAGUUGAGGAUUCGACCGACGCACAAGGAUCUUCAGCGAUGGACAUUGAUUCAAAGGGUGGAGUCCCAGUCCCUGCUCGCCGCAAACCUGUUAAUGAAGAGAUCUCUUUCGUGGAUGACGAUGAUCUCCAAGCCUCUCUUGCACUGCAACGACGCGCAGCCUUUAAGAAGCGCAAGAAGAUGACCCCCGAGGAACUUGCCAGGCAACUUAGAGAAGAGGAGUUGCGAACCCCGAUGGAAAUCGAAAACUCGGAUAAUGAGGCUGACGAACCUGGCCUUGUGAUCGAUGAAACAUCAGAAUUCGUAUCUAAUCUACACAAGCCUACACUCCUCGAGCAGGAAGAAAGGCAUGCACACACUGCGGUUGAGGCGCCUGUGUCUCCCAGUGCAGAGCCGGAGGGAGAAGGCGUCGAAAUUGAUAUGGACCGUUACGGUGAUAUUGAAGAUGAAGAAGAGUUGGCCGCACGCAUCAAGCGCGACCAAGCACCCCAGGCUCAACCACAACAGCUCACCGGCACGGGUCUGGAGGAGGAAUCUAGUUUGGACCAAGGUCUUGGAGCUACUCUGGCAAUGUUGAAGUCGCGCGGACUAGUCAAAGAUACCGGUAGUGCCACUCAUGGCGACCUCCUGCGCGAUCGCGAAGACUUCCUGAUCGAGAAAUCGCACCGCGAGUCCGAGAUCGAGCGACGUGCCCGGCAGCAGCGUGAGCGAGACCGUACCUCAGGCAAGCUUGAGCGCAUGUCGGCCCGUGAGCGGGAGGAGCACGCACGCUGGGAGAACAAGCAGCGUGACCAGCAGGAGGCGCGUCAUAUGGCCGAGGUGUUCAACCGCGAAUACAAGCCCGACGUCCGUCUGCGGUAUGUCGAUGAAUUCGGUCGCAACAUGAACCAGAAGGAAGCAUUCAAGCAACUCAGUCACCAAUUCCACGGCAAGGGCAGUGGAAAGAUGAAGACCGAGAAGCGUUUGAAGAAAAUCGACGAGGAAAGGAAGCGCGAGGCUAUGAGCAGCGUGGACAGCAGCCAACACUCCGGCAUGAACAAUGCCGUAGGUACUGCUGCGCGUAAGAAUCGCCAGGCCGGUGUACGCCUAGGCUGA